AUGGAGGAGGAAAAGACAGAGAUGAUCCGGUCAUACAUCCAGGAGGUGGUGCAGUACAUCAAGAGGUUAGAAGAGGCACAGAGUAAACGGCAAGAAAAACUCGUCGAGAAACACAAAGAAAUCCGCCAGCAGAUCCUGGAUGAAAAGCCCAAGGGGGACGGUUCCUCCUCAUUCUUGUCGGAAACUUGCCAUGAGGAUCCCUCUGUUUCCCCCAACUUUACUCCCCCCAACCCUCAAGCUCUCAAGUGAUGACCAGUGAGACCGGUGUCCUUCCGGCCAGGUAGGACACGAUGGGAGGGGGCGCUUUUAAGAGGAGGAUGGCGUGUGGCCGUCCGGGUUUCAGGCGCUGUGCGGCCUACACCUCUAUUCUGCGCUCUGUACACUCUCACAAUUUUCCUGCUGUGGUCGGGGUGGGUGCUGUGUCUCUCAUCUUCACCUGUCUUCCUUGGGUGUCAACUGCUUCCUCACUGUUCUCUCUUCUGUCGUAAAUUCCCUUCUUCCAUAUUGCUGUCUUCUGUCAUCUUUUUGUUUUUCUCUUUGCAAUACUGGCUUCUCCUUUGUCCUUGAUCUUUCCUAUGCUCACACUAUUAUUUCCACUUUUGAAACAUGUUUUAAAUUCCUCCUUCUCAAAGCACUGGUUUCCAAUCUUAUGACCUUAAAAUCCAAUGGGGUUAAGUUAACUCUCAGGAAAUCUUCUUGACUCACUCCCCUCAAUUCAUCACACCUCUCCUUUUAAAACUCCAGUAAAAGUUGUUGUAUCCCUGCAUGGUACUUUGAGUUAAGGGGAUAUCUCAGGAUUUACUGAUUCUUUAGAAUCAAGAACUCUUGUAAAUAUCUCACCAAUAGGGAGCUUGGGCCAGGGACUUCUAGUUGGAACAAAUUGAAGCUUAAAAAUUAAAGAGGACUUUAACUUGCUAGAGGAAAUACAUAAUGAUAUCUAUUUGCUAGUAAGAAAAUGAACUAUGCCAUUGCAACGGGUGUGCAUUUCAGGGAUAAAAGAGGCUUUGUUAUGAUUACAAAGAAAGCAAACUUCUAUUCUGAUGCAUUGAAAAUAAAUUUGUAGUGAGAUUUAUAAUGGUUUUGUCUUCAAGUACUUGUUGAUCUGUGAAGCAGUGCAGUUUAGAAACAUGUUGAGGAAUUAGUGAGAAACAGCUAUUUUACUGAGAAAGAGGUAUAAAUUUUUUGUUAUCCUCUAUAUCAGUUGCCACAUACAGUGAUGCUGUAGCUCAGAGCAUCAUGAAUUACCUGGAAGUCCUAAAAAAAUGCAGAUUCUGAUUCAGGAGGUCUGGAUGGGAUCUGAGAUCUGUAUUUCUGACUCAUUCCCAUUGGUAUCCUGGCUAUUGCAUCUCCAGGGACCACAUUUGAAUAGCAGGGAUUUAAUGCUUAUGGCUGAAGCACCUGGAAGGAAAAGCUUUAAGCUGAAUUCAUGAUGUUUCAUUGUUGUUUUAAUUUUUUGGCCGAAUCAAGAGUCUGACCCUUUGAUAUGGACUGUGACUGUGUAAAUAUCAAUAACCUCAGACAUGCAGAUGACACCACCCUUAUGGCAGAA